GGCUUCUGUCCUCUUCACACGAGGUGCAGGAUAAUGAUCACCAUAGCAGGGGUUUAUUUAGCACCUUUGUUCAAAAGAAGUUUAUAGAAUUGGACUCAGAAAGGUGCAGCUUGCCCUCCAGCGAAGCCAAGGAGAAAAUUACACUUAAUGCAUAUUAAACAAGCAAUUGUUGGAGAUUAUGAGCUCGAUUGAUUCCAAGAUCCUAAAAUGAGUCAGCUUGCUCCAAAAUGUUACCAGCAGCCACUUUAAACAUUAAUGAGGUAGCUGGUUUCUUACAUCUGGAAUGAGGAGGAGGUUUUGUUUCAGCCAAGUAUUUAACAGAAGAGGAAAUACAGUUCUACCUCAGGAAAUUUAAAUGGGACUGUUGAAUAACUGGGAAAGAAUGUCUCUUUUGGAUGAGAGGGCAUAGAAGAAGUUAGCUGAUUUUCAGGCAAAAUAACAAAUGUGAUGGCUGUUCUAUUUUGUGUAUGCAUUUGUGUAUGUAACUACGUGUAAACUUCUAGAAAAGCAGUUCUUAAGUUUUGUGAUCUUAUGACCCCUUUCCACUUCUAAAAAUUGUUGAGAACUCCAAAGACGCUUUGCUGAACUGGGUUAUAUCUAUCAAUUUUUAUCAUUUUAAGAAUUAAAACUGAGAAAUAUAAAAAUAUUUGAUUCCUUCAAAAUAAACCCAUUACUUAUUAACAUAAACAUCUUUAAUAAACUAUGUUUUAAAAAAUUAUUGAGAAGAGUGUCAUUGCUUUAUGUCUUUGCAAAUCUAAUGUCUGGUUUCAUAAAUGACAUCUUGAUUUUCAUAUCUGCUUCUGCAUACAGUCUGCUGUUAUAUGUUGUUUUGGUUGAAGUACACGAAGAGAUUUUUGCUCAUUCAGACAUGUAAUUAGGAGAGAGGGGGCCUCUAAGUGUCUUGAAAGGGUCUCAGGGAGCCUUGGGACACACUUUGAGAACCACUGCCCUAUAAUUUGGAAGAAUACACGUUAAAAGUGGCUAUCCCUGAGUGGUGAGAUUAUUAGUGAUCCUAAUUUUUUUUUCUUUUCAUUUGUAUAAAUUUUCUACAGUGAAGAUGGAUUACUUGUGCAAAUUAAAGUUGAGAAAGAAAGAACAUACUCAUGUUUAGAGAAGGUUAUGAGGCCUUGGAAACCCAGGCAGAGAAGUUUACACUUGGGAAACCAAGGAGCCACCAUAAUGUUUUAAAUGGGAAAAUGACCCCAUUUGAGCAGUGUUUGGCAGUAAACGGAUUAGAAUUGGAAGAGAGGAGAAGGAGACACGAUACUUCCGAGGUUUUUUUUUGCAGUCAUCUGGGUGCGUGGCGCGGGGAGCCAGAUCUCGUGUGGGCGGAAACAGAAAGGGACAAACUCUGAAAGCCACUUUGAAACCAGAACAACCAAGACCUGGCUAUAGGGCAUAAAGGAGAGGGCAGAGUCAAAGAUGACUGAGAGUUCUCAAGUUAAAAACACCUGAAGCAUGUUUUCUCCCCUCUAUGCAACUUUGAACCUUUCCUGAACGUGACCCUGCUGACGCUAACUGGAGUCUUGUCUUCCAGAGUUGGCCAUCGCGUUCGAGGGCUGAGGAGGAAGCCGGUGCACUGCCCGACCUGAGUGGAUCCCGACCGCCUCCAGAGGGAAGGGCGGGCUGGCCCCUAUGACACCCCAGGAGAGUGGCUCGCCGCCCUCCGGGCCGUGAAGGGCGCGCGCCGGGGGUGCGCGCCCGCCGCCCCGCUUAUGCACUCCACCACCCCCAUCAGCUCGCUCUUCUCCUUCACCAGCCCCGCGGUGAAGCGGCUGCUCGGCUGGAAACAGGGAGAUGAGGAGGAGAAGUGGGCGGAGAAGGCGGUGGACUCCCUGGUGAAGAAGCUGAAGAAGAAGAAGGGCGCCAUGGACGAGCUGGAGAGGGCGCUGAGCUGCCCGGGCCAGCCCAGCAAGUGCGUCACGAUCCCCCGCUCCCUGGACGGGCGGCUGCAGGUGUCGCACCGCAAGGGGCUGCCGCACGUCAUCUACUGCCGCGUGUGGCGGUGGCCGGAUCUGCAGUCCCACCACGAGUUGAAGCCGCUGGAGUGCUGCGAGUUCCCCUUCGGCUCCAAGCAGAAGGAGGUGUGCAUCAACCCUUACCACUACCGCCGCGUGGAGACGCCAGUGCUGCCUCCGGUGCUCGUGCCAAGACACAGCGAAUACAACCCCCAGCUCAGCCUCCUGGCCAAGUUCCGCAGCGCCUCCCUGCACAGUGAGCCGCUCAUGCCACACAAUGCCACCUAUCCCGACUCCUUCCAGCAGCCCCCAUGCUCCGCGCUCCCUCCCUCGCCCAGCCAUGCCUUCUCGCAGUCCCCGUGCACCGCCAGCUACGUCCACUCCCCGGGAAGUCCUCUGGAGCCAGGGAGUCCAUAUCAACACUCAGCUGACACACCACCCCUGCCUUAUCAUGCCCCAGAAGCCCCAGGGACCCAGAAUGGCCGGCCUGUAGAUGCCAGAACUGAUAGACAUUUAGUGCUAUCAGUACCAAAUGGAGACUUCCGGCCGGUUUGCUACGAGGAGCCCCAACACUGGUGCUCGGUCGCCUACUAUGAACUGAACAACCGCGUUGGGGAGACGUUCCAGGCCUCCUCGCGAAGCGUGCUCAUCGAUGGGUUCACUGACCCUUCCAAUAACAGGAACAGAUUCUGUCUCGGCCUUCUUUCCAACGUAAACAGGAACUCAACGAUAGAAAACACCAGGAGACACAUAGGAAAGGGUGUGCACUUGUACUACGUCGGGGGAGAGGUGUACGCCGAGUGCGUGAGUGACAGCAGCAUCUUUGUGCAGAGCCGGAAUUGCAACUAUCAGCACGGCUUCCACCCGGCCACUGUCUGCAAGAUCCCCAGCGGGUGCAGCCUCAAGGUCUUCAACAACCAGCUCUUUGCUCAGCUGCUGGCGCAGUCAGUGCACCACGGCUUCGAAGUCGUUUACGAGUUGACUAAGAUGUGCACCAUCCGAAUGAGUUUUGUUAAGGGUUGGGGAGCUGAGUAUCAUCGCCAGGAUGUCACAAGCACCCCCUGCUGGAUUGAAAUUCAUCUUCACGGACCGCUGCAGUGGUUGGACAAAGUUCUCACUCAGAUGGGCUCUCCUCAUAACCCGAUUUCUUCAGUAUCUUAACAGUCAUGUCUUAAGCCACAUUUCUAUAGAGUAGAUGCUAUCGCAAGCAGUGGCUUAUAUAAUUUCAAAUCUGCAACUAACUGAAAUUCUAAAUACAUGUGUAAAUACAUAUAAUGUAUACUAUUCAUAUUUUUUUAUCACCAUUUGUUUUGUGCUUUCUAGUUAACCUGUUGCCACUACAGUGCGAUUAGAAAGGCAGGCUUUUCCGUGCCUGUUCUAUAACAAGAAGCAGAUCAUUCUAAAGCAUGCUGUGUGGCCUCACAGAAAUAGUGAAACUGUUUAUAUAGCAAAAAUCAGGUAUUAGCAGCACUAGAGCAAAUAACACUCUCAGAUAAAACAAAGCAGUCAAACUCAUAUACUUUAAAUGAUGUCAUGUUUAGUGCUAUUGGCAAGAAAGAAAAAAAAAAGCUUGUACAAUGAAUUAUGUGAGAUAAGCCACAUAAACUUUAUUUCUGAAACUGACAUACCUAUAGCUGUGCUGAUAUUAAUGGUACAUUUUAAAUAAAUUUAAACUGUGAUUGGAAAAGAAAGAAGCUGUGAAGCUAAGCGUCCAUGUUGCCUCAAUCUACCACUGUAAAAAGUGAGUCUACUAUGGGCAAAUAAAUACGAAAAUACCAUGAGUUAUUAAUAUAUUCCCAAAGUAUAAGACUGAAACUUAGUCCAAGAACCACCCAGGGAGAUUCCUGCUUUCCACAUAGGAAAUCAGGUUCCUGUCGUCCUGGUUGUUCCUGGCAGGCAGUCCUGCAGACUGUAAGUCUGUGCAGUGUACUGUGAUAGCAUGUGUUUCAGUCCAGUGUCGAGAAGCAGCAGGUGAAACAGAAGGGUAGGACAAACGAAAGUGUCACACAUUGGCAUACACCGUCUCACCUUCCCAUGUCAAGUCUUUAGGUGAGGGUGCUCCUUUUGUCACAUUUUCCUGCCUCUUGGCAAAUAUUAUUUGCAGGUUACUAAAGCAACGGUUAAGACUUUGAGAAAAUCUACACACAUUUUUGGAUCAAAUUUAUGAGUUAUUGAACUUAAUUAAUGUCUCUGGUAAUUAAAUGAUCUACUGGUCAAAUCUGGUAGCCUCUGAUAAAACCUAAAGUCUUAUACCUACAAUAAACUCCCAAAUACAGUUGAUAAUAAUUUCAUAAUCCCCCAUGACUUCUGGGGAAUAGUGAUACUGAAAAUAGGAUUUUUCAAAAUAUACACAAUAUUAAGAGCCUUUAUUUAUUUUCCUUUGGGUGAUAGAGGAAAAUCCCCCAAAUUUUUAGGUACUUUCAUAUAUUUAUAAAAUUGCCACCCACUAAACACAGCAUUGCUUGGAAAAAUAUUUCACAUCCUCUUAAAAAUAUAUUCAUUUAAGGUGGCAGUUAGGCUUAUAACAGAUGGCACUUCAGUAAUCUCAACUCUUUCUAGCAUUAGUGCACAUGGUAGUUGUUUCUCAUUAAAUUGUAUUCAAGGUAGUAAUGAUCAUGUGAAAAAGAUAUAUGAGUGAGCUACUACUGUCACCUCUUGUAAUGACUAGUGUUACCUAAUAGAAACUUUCAUAUAUACAAUAGGAAAUAAUUACUACGUUUUGCAUUAAAACUAGGCGGCCCAUUUAGUGUUUAGAAAAGCCUGUAGUUUAUUGGUUCAUCAACUAUGUAUUGUGCACCUGUAGGUGCCAGGUACAAUGUCUGGUACUGUGGAUCAAAUGUAAACAAGAGACAGUCCCAGCUCUCAUGGAGCUGAGAGUCUAACAGUAUCUGUUUGUAGAGACAUUUUCAUGUUUCAGAAGUUUUAAAAUAAAACAAAGCAUGUGAUCUUUUGCUUGAAAAAAUGUAAUUGAUUUCUUAAUUAUAAUAUCUCUAUUUUGAAAUUUUUAUUUCCCUUUUCUUCUGAGCAGUCAAGUUAUGGAUUCCUUGGAUAAAUGCUACCAUUCUUCCAGGUCUCAAAGUUGUUUUUUUUUGUUUUCUCCCCUUGCUUCCCCAUUUUCUGAUAAUUUCCUAUCUCCUCUUUUCUUGGAAAAGGCAUCAAUAUGGUGAGUCUUAUAUGGGUACCAUUCCAUGGGAGAGCUUUGAGCACACACAGCUUUGGCUCCAGAGAUCAAACAUAGCUUUCUUGAUCUCUCCACAAGCUGUCAAACUCAUCCUCUGGUAGUCUUCUACCUUUACAGAAUUAAUCAGAACAGGUGAUUUAUAAAUGAUAUCAAAAACAAGAAACAAAAAACUUGUAUUUCCAUGCAGCUCUGGGAAACCAGGACACAAUACUGCAGCGAAUCUGAUUUUCUGUGAAAAAUAAACUAUUCAGUUGGUACAUAUGAUAAUCACCAGUCAUGUCUCACCAAAAGCUUUUAUUAGGAUACCUGUGAAAUACAGAGAAUUUAGAAUUGAUAAGAAGUUAACCCUUUAGUCAUUAUAACAUAGUAAUAUUUUAAUCAGCUUUUUCUUUUGCCACCAAGACUUCUUAAAAAUUGUAAUGCAGUAUUUGAUUUCAAGCUUCUAAAUGUGUCACAUGCACUCAUUUGUUGAGGUAGACAACCCAAAAUACUGAAUAGCAUAAUUUUCAGGAUAACUAACAAAGCAGACAUGCAAAGCCGUUAAAUACAUCAGCACUACAGAAUACUUUUCAGCUUGCCCUGGACAUGGACUGUGCAAUAGAGAAUCCUGUAGUAACAUUUCGGCCUGCUCAAGAGACCCCGAACAUUUAUCAAGAUGUUCAAGCCAGUUUUUUUUUCUUGUUAAAAAAUUGAGAUGUGAAAAGCUUGUUUUAACUAGAUGAUAUUUUAACAGUGGCCAGUACUUUGGAACUAUAAAGAUGUCACUAUUUAACACAUACUUUAUGUUUUGUUAAUUUUUUUUUUUACACUCAGUAUAAAUCUGGAUAAGUUGGCUCACCACCUAGCAUUUAGAAUCCUCUGUGUCAUUGUCUUCUAAGGAUAUGGAUACCCCAUAAGAGCAGCAAAACAACAAUAAAAGCACUUUAUAAUAUCACUUGAUAGACUUUAAGCUCCUGCUUAACUUUGAAUGUGUCCCAAAUAUUUGGUAUACAUAUUUAACAAAUAAAGCAAAAUAUAACAUGCAUUUCAAAUUUUAUCUUUCCCUGUUAUAUUCAACAGCUGAACUAUAUGACAAGAUUAAGUGAUCCUGGCAUAUGUUAAACAUAAGUUCAAAUUAAUGUAAAACAAAUCAAUAGCAAAAAAGAAACUUUCUAUUUGAGUGAAGUAAUGCUUUUGAUUAUAGUAACUUGGCUUCAGUUAUCCAUCAAAUCUGUACUUAGGCUGUUAUCUGAUUGUUUAUAAUAAAGAAUACUGUACCUGUA